AUGCCUUCUUUGGAACCAAUUACUCCAAGAAAUCAAUUCGUCGAUGCAGGGUCCGACGACGAAGCGGAUCCAGAGCUGGUGGAGCUGCUUCGCCAGCAUUACGGACUAAGCGGAAAGCCGGGGAAGGAUGCUCCACCAGAGACGAAGGUGUUGGAGAGUGCUCAAUACAUCUUUGACAAUGCCAUUGAUGUGGCUCUGAACCCAACCCAGGUCAAAGAAGCUGCAGAGUUCAUUUGGCGUCUGAUGCAGAAGAAGGCAUACUCUACCCAAACAUGGUCAGAGCAUGAGCUGCACCCAAAGACCAAAAAUGAGAGCACUGUGGACUUCAUAUUUACUAUGGAUCUGCUGAAUUUUAGUUUCUGGUCUGAGGAGACAGACGAGUCCAAGCGUUUUUCUAUUGAAUAUCGCGAUAAGAAGUGGACCGGAUAUUGGAGUCUGGUUGCUGCUCUUCAAAGAGCUCUUGAUGAAGAUAUCCCGAUAACAACCCCAGACUUCUGGACGAGGAGAUCCCCCCUGUUCAAAGAACGGGUGCAAUGCCUGCGCGAGGCGGGUGCCGUUCUGUGUGAUGAAUUCGGUGGUAGCUUUGCAAACUGCAUUGAUAGUGCCAACUACUCCGCUGCGGGUCUUGUCAACUUGCUUACUGAGAGCUUUGACUGUUUCCGUGACGAGACAGUCUUCCAUGGCAAGCGAGUGCGGCUGUAUAAGCGCGCCCAGAUUCUGGUAGCAGAUAUUUGGGCCUGCUUUAAUGGCGAAGACUUUGGAGAGUUUCAUGAUAUUGAUAAGAUCACUAUGUUCGCAGACUACCGAAUCCCACAAAUGCUACACCAGCUGGGAUGUGUGCGCUACUCCCCUCCAUUAGAAAGCCAUAUUCAUCGCCUGAAGCCCUUGACGCCAGGCUCGAACUGGGAAAUCGAGCUGCGCGGCACUAGCAUCUGGGCCGUGGAGCUUAUCAGGCGUGAAAUUGAGAAGCGCCACCCAGAGGUCAAGACUGCUGGUAGAUGUGAAAAGAUCACCACUGAGGGGAACGAGAACCCUGAAGAGCCUGAGUCAAGUGAGACUCAAGACAAACCCCAGAAAACGUACGGGAUCAAUGCGAUCCUUAUCGAUUUCUUCCUAUAUGACACGAUGAAGAACCUGGAGGCAGAACAUAACGAGAGUAUCCCUCACCACAGGACUCGCAGUAUUUGGUACUGA